AUGGGUUCCGUUGCUGCAAUGAAGGCCGUCGCCGUUCUCUUCUUCUUGUCUCUCUCCGGCUUUGUUUUGGCCGGCAAGGUGAAGGAAGUCAAAGAGUUGCAGAUUGGUGUGAAGUAUAAGCCAGAAUCUUGUGAACUUCAAGCUCGCAAAGGUGAUAAAGUCAGGGUACACUAUCGGGGGAAACUCACAGAUGGAACUGUAUUUGAUUCUAGUUUUGAAAGGGGCGAUCCAAUCUUUUUUGAGCUUGGGACUGGUCAAGUUAUUAAAGGAUGGGACCAAGGAAUUCUGGGAAUGUGCGUAGGUGAGAAGAGGAAGUUGAAAAUUCCGGCAAAGCUUGGCUAUGGAGAGCAGGGUUCUCCACCAACCAUCCCAGGAGGCGCAACACUGAUAUUUGACACCGAGCUCGUUGAAAUUUUGGGAAGAGGAUCGAAACCUAAUGAUGACGAGCUGUAG